AGGUUGCAAUUCUUCCAUCUCUCUGAUCUUUCAUCUACUUCCUGUCUUUCACGUUUGUGGAUUCAUUGCAGGAGAAACCUGACAAUACGCGCAAACAUGGGUUUUCAGAAUAUUUGGUAUUCACAUCCACGAAAAUAUGGUCAAGGAUCUAGAUCCUGUCGUGCCUGUGCAAAUAGACAUGGGCUUAUUCGCAAAUAUGGCCUGAAUAUCUGCCGACAGUGUUUUAGAGAAUAUGCAGCUGAUAUUGGUUUCAAGAAGCUGGAUUAAAUGUAACGUAGGAAUAGUUCAACUACUUAAAUCAAUAAAACAAAACUGGAUUUCUACUAUUCUUGUCUCAGCAACAUCUUGGGAUUAAAUUGACAUCUAAAAAACAAAAAUUGUAACAUCUGGCUUUCACUAUGUGACAUUCUUGAAAUAAAUAUAUUUAUGUCUGUGUAA